CGGCGAAGCGUCCAGCCAAUGCGAGUAGUUUUAGAUAGAGCCGAGCAGUCGAGCCGCAAGCUCCGCAAGCGUUCAAGACGAGAGGAUGGCUACAGCUGCCGCGGACGAAGUUCGAGGUUUCAGGAUGAUACCGAUGCGGUAUUUGAUGUCGAUAAUGGGCUCCAUCGGCAUGGCCAUAAUCUACGGAUUCAAAGUCAACCUAAGUAUAGCCAUUGUGGCAAUGGUCAACCACACUGCCGUCGCCAUGCAAGCAAACACCACAGCAAGAGUACAGCACAACGUCACGGAGUACGUUGCGCCUCAUCCCUUAUUCCGAUUUCACAGUUUGUUCCCGAACGGCACGACGAUGGCGACGAUGAUGACGUCGUCGAUGGAGAAAGAGUGCAACGCAACGCUAGAGCGCAAUUACGACCAAGACGGCCCAUUCGUGUGGACAAAGGACAUCGAGGGAUUCAUCCUUUCGUCGUACUUCAUUGGAUACAUCGUAUCGCUGAUACCGGGGGGCAUGAUGGCCGAGUACGUGUCUGCCAAGUGGGUGCUCAACAUUUCGGUACUCCUUAACGUCUUGGCCUCAAUGCUGAUGCCCACCGCCGCUGAGAUCCAUUACACCGCCUUCAUCGCCAUGAGGAUUAUCCAGGGCAUCGGUGGCGGCGUCAGCUUUCCCGCCAUUCACGUGAUGGUCUCGAAAUGGGCUCCGCCGAACGAGCGCAGCAUUCUCGCUUCCAUCGCCUACGCUGGCACUGCCCUCGGCACCGUCAUCUCAAUUUUGCUGUCCGGCAUGAUCGCCGCCAACCUCGGCUGGAAGUGGGUUUUCUACAUCGAGGGUCUGCUCUGUCUGAUCUGGUGCACUGCCUGGCUUAUCCUCGUGCAAGACUCGCCCGAGCAGCAGAAAAUCAUCAUCACCGACGAGGAGCGCCAAUUCAUACUUAACUCGCAGGGUGAACCAAAGGAGACGCACAAACAGAAAUUAUCGUCAGUGCCGUGGUUUCAAAUAAUGAGAUCAGCACCCUUCUGGGCCAUACUGGUUGCACACUUUUGCAAUAACUUCGGCUGGUAUAUGCUGCUCAUCGAGCUCCCGAUAUUCAUGUCUAAAAUAUUACAUUAUGAUUUAAAAUCGAACGCUUGGCUAUCGGCAUUGCCAUAUUUCUGUAUGUGGAUAUUCACGUUAGGCCUUAGCAAACUUCUUGUGAUAAUGCAAGACAAAAACUGGAUCUCCGUGACGGUAUCAAGGAAAAUAGGAACACUAUUCUCGUCGGCAGUGCCAAUGUUCUGCCUGCUUGGCGUGUCGUACGCCAGCGACAAGAACACAGUGGUCGCGCUAAUGACGAUAGCAAUCACAUGUAUCGGCGGAAUGUAUUGCGGAUUCCUGGCCAAUCACAUUGACAUUGCACCCAACUACGCGGGCACCCUUGUCGCCCUUACCAAUACCGUUGCCACGAUACCUGGUUUUGUCGUGCCUAUCUUCGUUGGCUAUUUCGUUAAGGAAUGCGCCACAACGGAAAGUUGGCGAGUGAUAUUCUUCUUAAUGGUUGGAUUAUACAUAAUAGAGAUGUUGAUCUAUACCAUGUUCGGCACUGGUGAGGAACAACCGUGGAAUAAACUCAACUCCCACAAUAUACACAAUACAGAACAGACAGUUCCUCUGAAAGAGACGAGGCACCCAAUUAAGUAAAUGUAUAAUAUGUGACUAUGCAAAUCCUCAUUAAAAUUUGCAUUAUAAAUAACAUUUUUACGGAUUAUAGUAUUUUAUAAAAACAGGGAAAGAAAGAGAGAGAGAAGCUAAUAAUAGUGUCGUCAUUUCGUUCUCUGUGUCUCAUCUCAUAAUUUCUAAUCGUACACACACACACAUAUAUAUAUAUACAUACAUACACACACACACACACACACACACAUAUAUAUAUAUAUAUAUAUAUAUAUAUAUAUAUAUAUAAAGCUUUGACCAACAGUACAAACAGAUUGUAUUUAUUACAUUUUAUAUUUAUAUAGCUGAUGUAUGUGUGUUAUGGAACAUUUGUGUUCAAUAAUUGUUUUGUGAAAAAAAUAGCGUUCAAGUUUAAGAUUUGUAAUUAUUUAUAAAUAGUGUAUAAGAAUGUAUGCAAGUUAAAAAGUCUAUGAAGUGCAUAAUUUUACUGGAUAAUUUCAAUAUUUUUUCACUCUUCUAAAGAUAACAUUUUAUGAAAUUGUAUUCUAAAUGACAACAAUGGAACAAUUAUUGACAAAUAUGUAUUAUAUAAAAGUUGAA